AACAAUGUUUGCAACUGGUAGUCGACCGAGUUGUAUAGCUGUAGAUGAUUUUAACAACGAUAGCAGAGCAGAUCUAGUAGUGACCAACCUUGGUGCUCAAAAUAUCAGCAUUCUAGUCGGAUAUGGAAACGGUACUUUUCAGUCUCAUAGAACAUUUAAAUGUGGUACUAGUCCCAGUUCUGUAAUUGCAGUUGAUUUAAAUCGUGAUCAGAUCAUGGAUCUUGUAGUAGCCAAUCUAGGUGAAAAUACUAUUAGUAUUUUAUUUGGUUUGGGAGAUGGAAGUUUUCAGCCUCAAAUAAAGUAUGCCGUUGAUAGAGAACCAAGUUUUGUAAUGUCAGGCGAUUUUAAUAGUGACAAUAAAAUGGAUAUAGCAGUGAUCGAUCGGCUUUCGAACAAUAUGCAACUGAUGUUUGGUGAUGGAAAUAUGACACUCUUGACCCGAAAACGGUAUGGAACAAGUAGUAGUCCAGGUCCUGCAGUAGCCUAUGAUUUCAACCAAGAUGGAAAAAUUGAUGUUGCUGUGCUGAACAGACUUUCUCAUGUACUAUAUGUUUUCCUAAACGAGUGUCGCUGA